UAACUUGACAGUGUAAAAAAUAUUUACACUGUCAAGGCAUAGAAGUUGAAUGUUUUUCUUAUCAUUUUCUUCAUACUACACUGAUUACAUGGAGUACUACUCUUGAACAGUCCUCGAGGAGAAACUGUAAAGGAGAGUAUUUUGAUAUACAUCCUAGCUACACAGAAUGUUGGAAUGAUAGGCAGACUUAUGAUCAGAUGCUUGGUGGAAUUACCGAUGCGCACAUUUUGGAGCCUAAGUGUGAGUUUGCUUCACCAAGGCCACAAAAAUGGAUAGACCAAAAAAGGUCUCUUGAUGAAAUGUUAUAUCUUGGACGACUAAGAUGUCGAUUUGACUGGGAAAAGAUCUCUUACCGUUGGGCUGAUGAUGACAAAGUUAGAGAGGCCCUCCAUGUUCGAAGAGGUAGUAUUGGAAAAUGGAAGCGAUGUGCUGGCGAUGCUUUGCCUUUUCAAAAGAUAGUAGGAAACAGCGUUUCAUAUCAUGCAAAUCUCAGUUUCAAAGGCUAUAGUGGAGAUCAUGACACGAUGAUCCCUUACACAUCAACGGAAGCUUGGAUAAGAUCUCUUAACUACUCUAUUGUUGAUGAUUGGCGACCAUGGAUUGUUGAUGGUCAAGUUGCCGGGCAUACGAGGACAUAUUCAAAUAAAAUGACAUUUGCCACAGUGAAGGGAGGAGGACAUACAGCUCCAGAGUACAAGCCUGUUGAAUGUCUAGCUAUGCUGAGGAGAUGGUUAUCUUCUCAGCCUCUGUGAUCAAUUGAAGAACACAUUUGAAGCUCAUUGUGAAUAGGGUCACCAGUUUGGCUUUUCAUCAGAAGUAGCUGAUAAAUAUCAAAUAUCGAAACGGAUAAGUAAUUACAUGUUGGGAUAAAAGUGUUUAAAACUGCUAAUAAGCCAACAUGACAGUUUGUUGGUUGGUUUGAUAACUUUUUUCCUUUAGUUAAAAUGCAGAAUAUUGGUGGUCUAAGGAUCUGUCGUCACCUCUGUAAUAAUUUGAUCUUCUUCAGCCAAGUCUAUCGGAAACAACCACUCUACCUUGAGAGAUAAGGUUUGUGUACACACUAUCCUCCCCAAACCCCAUUUGUGGGACUACAAUGAGUAUGUUGUUGUUGCUCAAACAGCAAUUGGCACAAAUAAGAGCAGAACAUGUACGUAGUAGCUCUAAUGUAUACUGUAAUUAUCAAUCAUCUCCAAUUUCAACCUUACAUGGUGAAUAUUGGAGUUUUGUAUAUAUAAGUGACAACAUGCGUUUGUCUACAAAG